AUGCUCGCCACCUGCAUCUCCAAGCAAGCCGAGAUUGUACUGCUUCUUUCUCCACCACCUUUUUCAGAAACCUUUUUCAAAAUUAUGGACUCCCAUAUUCUCAGACGCAUCACUCAGGGAAUGCCUACCAUGCGAGAAAGAAAGUGGAGCAACCAACAUGAAGCAUUGUCGAGACGGCAUAUGCCGUUUUGUUCAGAAACUGCCAAGGGCUUUAAAGUGAGACUGAGAGGAAUUGUCUCAUUCUGGGAGCACUUCAUGAAAUUUGCAGUUGUUUGCUGGCAAGAGGGCCGAAUGGCUUCUCUCGCUGCUCAGGCACCUGCAAAAGACCCCAAUUUCACACUAGCUGGUCUGUGAAAACACAAUUGCUGCUUGCUUUGAGCUGCAUGUAAAGAGGAGAGCUUGCCCAGCUAAAAUUAACCCUUGUUGCAAAGUUACAUUUGUAGGGUGAAAAAGCUCCACUUUCCCAAAUGUUCCACUUCCCUUAGAUUUAAUCCGACGCAGGUGGCGCUGUGGGUUAAACCACAAAGCCUAAAACUUACUGAUCAGAAGGUCGGCGGUUCAAAUCCCCGUGACGGGGUGAGCUCCCAUUGCUCGGUCCCUGCUCCUUCCAACGCAGCAGUUUGAAAGCACGUCAAAUAGGUACCGCUCCGGCGGGAAGGUAAAAGACGUUUCCGUGUGCUGCUCUGGUUCGCCAGAAGCGGCUUUGUCAUGCUGGCCACAUGACCCGGAAGCUGUACGCUGGCUCCCUUGGCCAAUAAAGCGAGAUGAGUGCCGCAACCACAAAGUCGGUCACAACUGGACCUAAUGGUCAGGGGUCCCUUUACCUUUUAAUAGGGUACAGCGCUGGGGACAUGGUAACUUGUGGUAUCAGCAUCUUUCCACCACCACAAAGACACAUCUGCACUUCACGGUAUGACCUUAUGACCCUCGACAGCUUCACCCUUGUCCUUUUAAUUAUCCCAGUGACCUGAAAUGUUUUAUGCUGUGAUGCCAAUAAAGGAAUUUGAUUUGAUUUGACACAUCUGCACAAUUCAGGUGGACACAGGAACAAGAGCAUUUCUGGACUGGAGUGCUCCAGCAUUCUGUUCCCCUAGUAGCCAGUCAGUAGCCUCUAAGAAGCUAGCAAGCAGAGCCCUCCCUUGUUUAUGCAUUAUAAUUAGUGUGUGGACAUAUUAACUCCCUUUCUAGAAAGUGUCGCAACAUUGCUCCACUUAUUGUCUUCCUCCAAAGGACCAGAUGUUGUUGGACUACAGUUCAUAGGAACAUAGGAAGUUGCGUGGCGAGUUCCCACCUCCCCCCAGUGAAAAUAAAGACACAUGACACAGAUGUUUAAGGUUAAUGGGCUAAAUAUGGCCACAACUUUAUUGCUUACAGGUGAUGAGUGGUAUUGGCUCAGGCAUUGGUCCUAACCGACUAUCCGGCUUCAGCCCAAUUGCUUGAAGUCCGGGAAAGGUUAACCACCAGUAGGGGGAGUCCUGCUGAUGCAUAUCAACUAGGAACUCCCCCAGGGUCACCGCUCGGGGGCGUGCCUUAGGCCGUCACCUCCAUAGGCUUCGAACAGGGCCACGCCCCCCGGAAUCCUUUAUCAGACUACCCUUCAAUAUGCAGGGGAGGUGAUGGCGCUUCCUCCCCCCCUUCCAUCUACAUAACAAUACCAAUACCAAUACCAAUGCCUAAUCGUCAAUACCAAGGAAGUUGUAACGAUUUGCUACGAGGGAGGCGAAAAACCAAGUGGCUGGUGCCAAUUUGCCAAGUGGAAAAAUUCCUACCAGGCCCCUUAAUGGCGACCAACCAAGGUCCAUAGCAAGGUCAAAGAUGAAAAAACCUUAAAGGGCGGGAGGGUGGGAAACUGGAGCAGCUGGAAGCGGCAAAGAGGGAGAUCCCAGGCCGCCCCUGCGUUAAAUGGAGCAGGCCACACACCCCAGGCCAGCCGAUUGGCUGGCCAGGGGAUGACGCGAUCAAGGAUUCCCUCAAUCGCGCGGAGGCUGAGAGCCAGCCCCCGCGCGCAUGGUGGGAGGGUGAAGCCCGCAACCCUACCUCCUUUCUACGUCGGAAGUGGCUUUGCCUUAUACCGAGUCAGACCAUUGCUCCAUCUAGCUCUGUACUGUUUACACUGACUGGCAGCAGCUCUCUGGGAUUUGUGCUGGGGCUCAUGGGAGCUGGAGUCCAACAGCAUCUAGAGGGCCACAGGUUCUCAAUCCCUGGUCUGCUCAGACCGCCAGCAGCUCUCCAAGGCUUCAUAGAGAGGUUACCUGUCAUGGAUUGGUUGCAUGCAGAAGAAUGGUGGGAGGAACCAGCUGGGGAACUUCCAAGGGAAGAAGGCUGAGACCCAGGAGAUUGGUGGUGGGACAAUGAUGAAUGGUCAGAGGGAGAAGACUGGGACAAUGUGUUGGAAGCCGAUGAGGUAACAGGACUUAGUGAGCUGGCAGAGAGAAGUCCAGAAUCAGAGGGAGAAGCAGGAGAAGAGGGAGGGCAAGAGGCAGAGAAGUGUCUGGCUGGUGAAGAGGCACAGGUGUCUCCCAGAACUAGAAAAGGCGUGAAGUGGAUAGAGGAGAGGUUGACUGCAUGCAGGCACAGUCUCAGAUUGCUUCGGAAAAACCCUGGAGAUGGGAGGACUUAGGCAGCUCUGGAGAGGUGGGGACUUCAUGAGGGCAAGACCUGCCGGAGAUGAGUUGCUGUGCUCAUGAGGUCUGACCCUCCUGUGCAGAUCCUGUUUCUGCUGUAAAGAGUUAACUCCAUCUUGCUCAGCGUAAUUUACUGCUGGCUCGCUCCUGUCAUUAUCAGUGAUCAUUUGGGGGUAACUGAGGGUGGCUCCUGAAACCUUAUGCAUGCAAAGUAUGUUCUGCACUACUCAGCUGUAGGCUCUCUCGGUUUUGAGGAUUACAGGUGGUUGGUGUUGAGGCCCCUGAGCUACAGGCUGUAUUGGUUCUCUGCCCAUCCAUGCAGCAGAUUGCAACAGAGGUCCCCAAUGUUGAUGUGCAAAUGCUCUUGAGAAAAAGUUCUUGUCUUUUCUACAGAUCUUUCCCAUGCUUGCACCUGUGCACUGUAGCUCCACAUUAAAACAGCAGGAAAGGGCCACGUCUUCUGUUCUGUGCCUUGCUACCAGGUGGAUAGAGCUGUGGACCCUGGCUCAGAAACCAGAGUUAUGAGGUGCAGCUUCCCCUCUCCCAGCUGAGCUCCACUGGAGGUUGACUCCACAUCCUAUCACUAUGCCACAAACUGUAGCAUUGCCUCGGUGAAACGUCCUUCCCGUGUCCUAGCUCUUCGAACUGAAUUUCCAAUCUAAUACCUCACCCCGUGCGCUGGAGAUAAACCUCUUUACUUCAACUCUGCAAACUCUGUGUCAAAGAAUGGGUGACAAUAAUACAAAUCAUUCUGCUGUCUCGGUCCCAGGCAUUCUGUUGCUGGGAUGGAGUGGAGACAACUCUCUUAGAAUCUACAUUUCAUUCCAAAGAACUGCAUUUGAUUGUCAGGGAAUAAAUCAAAGCAAAGGUUGAGGAGAGACCCCCCAUAUACCACAGCAGUGCCAGACUUCAAGGCCUUCCAUUUGCAAUUCUAAUCCUUUAUAUUCCAUUCUAGCCUUAAACUCUUUUGCUUUUGUCAGUGUGUUCCUGGCAAUAUUGUAUCUCAGGGUGCAGCAAAAAAAAGAAUUCAGUAAAAUUCAGAGAUAUUUGAAAGAAGACAGAUAAGCAUGAAGUAUGAGUGAGAGAUCCAAUAUGACUACUUCUUCUUCUUCUUUAGAUAAUUCAGUUGUUGGCUAAUGAAGGCAUUCACUCGCGAAAGACUUUUUAAUGUUUAGGAAGGUGUGACUAUUUUUAAACCUACUUCUGCCUUAGCAACUUAGCGCACUUUUUUCAAAACUUGUCAAAUACAAAAUCCAUUUUCUUUUCUUUUUUAUUAACACAUUCUGUUUCGCCUCAGUAGGUAAUAAGCAUUUAGUAUUAAGCAACGGUACAAAGAAAUGACGUUUUAUGCUUAAAACAUAGGCAUUAUGUUCCUCACAAGAACAAGGACAGAAAUCAAAGUUCCCAUUUGUGAAAAUAUUUCUGUCCUCUGAAAGAAAGGCUAAAGACUUCAAUUUAGAACAUCCAUAAAAUGACUGGACUGCUCGCUUGAUGGACAUUUCCAGAAAUUAUUUAGUGCCUCAGUUAUUUUUAAUGCUGCCCUAGACCUUGGCCUCCUUUCUUUAUGUAAAUGUGAAAUAACCUGAAGCACUGAUCCUGAAGGACAAUCCACCUGCAUUAAUGGCUUUCAUAAAUACCCUCAACGGUGUGCAAUUAUAGACAAGCAUAUGUUGGUGGACUUGUUAAAAGUUGUGCUUUGUUAUUUUACCAUUGUGCUGUUUGCUGUUUUUCUCCCAUCAACUGAAAACAGAUGAAAAUUGUAUUUUUUUCCCCUAGCCCUUCGAAAAAGUGCAAAACACAUCAAGGAGUAGGCAAUUUCCUUUCAGCUCAAAGUAAGCAUUAAUUUAGUAACCUGUCAGAUAAUAUUCCUGAGGCCCUGAGUGAUGUUAUCAUUUAUUCAUUUCCUGGUCCUUCUUGUGAUUCCCCAAAUUAUCACUGAUGGAGUUGCAAGUAGGAGUUUUGUCCUUCACUCAUCCCUUUCCGUCCUUAUAUGGAGCUCUUAUUACAUUACUGGCACCGAAAGAAAUGAAUGUCACUUUCCUGGACACAUUAGUAGGACUUUGAGGUGAGGUGACUUUUGAGUAACUUAGAACUUGACAGUCUGAUUCAGGAACUCUGAUGUGCAUGGGUUCUACAUUGAGCACACAAACACAUGUGGAGAGAGAAGCAGGGCAUGAUGGGAAAGUUCCAAAGAUCUGACAUCUUGUUCCGUGCUUCUUAACACUUGUUUAGUACAGCUUCUUCACAGCAAGAAGAGCUCUGAGGAACAGUGUAGGCUGGUGCCUAACUGGACUCAUAGGGUGGAAGGCAGGGAAGUCAAUAGUAGGUGGAGCCAGAGCAAAUGACUGGUGAGGGCUGGCUGAAGCAGGAAGAGGUUAAUGGGUUCAGCCUCUAUGACUGAUGCUGACAUAGGAUAAGACGACUGGGGAGAGCCACACCUCCACCCAAUCUAAUCCCCUCCAGUCUGUCACAAAGUUGUUUUGAUAGCUCAGCCCAUCUAGUUUGUGAUUAUUUGGACCAGAACCUGGAGGAAUACAUGCCUUAACAUAGACCCUGCUCCACACUGUCCAAGUUUGGGUUCUUCACUGUAAAGCUAUAUUCCUAUUAAACUGAACCGAAUUUCUCUCUCAUCCCUACAAGUGAGUAUACAUACUGAUAAGAUAAUUUAGGGAAGAUAUUAGGGGGUGGUACAUAAAGGAACAAGAAAUGGUCAUGAAAUUAUCAUCCAGAUGGCCUGUUAAAAGCUCAAAUGUAGGCAUAAUCUUUUAUGCAUAUUCAGAAAGGACACCAGGCUUAUAAUAAAACUAGGACUUUGGUAAAACUAGGACUUUAAAAUGGUUUGAGAUGUGACCUUUAUGUGCAUGUAGAGUCUCCCAAAUGCCAAGAAUUAAAUUUGCAGGAAGAGAAAAUGAUCCAAUCCUGAGCUAGGCCUCACUGUCUUCCUGGAAAUCGUUUCAAAUACUGGGAAAUGUAAGGCAGCAGGAGUUAAGAGUUCUGCAUCCAAAUCCUUACUUGGCCAAGAAGCUGGUCUCUUGGGCAAAUGACUAUAUCCCUCCAACCCACCUAAUGGGCUAGUCGUAAGAAGAAGCAAUUUACAAACUGAGAAGUACUCUAAAAAUAACAAUGAACUGCCUUUCUGUGCAAAGGUCAAGGCAGCCUUAUUCAGAUGUGAUGUGCGGGUACAUCAAUGUAUGGAUUGGGUGUGAAGGGGAACAGGCGUAGUCCCAUUUCCACGUCCUUCUCCAUAUGAACAAAUCUGGUGUGCACAUGAGCUGAGUGCUCCAAUUUUAUCUGCUCAUGGCUUUGAGUCAAUACUUGGAUGAAUCGUAGAAUUGUAGAGAGAAGUAGAAUUAGCAGGCAUGAUCCUAUUUCCACUCACACCUAUCCAUGUAUUAAUACCCAACGCAAAUGUCAUCUGAACAGAGCCAUUAUAUCACUCUUUGAAUCAAUCGGUUUCCGUUUUAAAUAAGACCAUGACUAAACUUUCUGCUGCCUAAUAAAACAUGUAAACAGCAACUGGCUUUGGUCACCCUAUUCAAAAUAAUAGUGCAUACAUCCGACUCUUAUUUCCUUGAAAUCAUAUCAGGUAUCACAAUAACUUCUACUAGUUCUCAGGUAGGAACUAAGCUAGAGCUCACAGACAAGAGGCGUACUCUAGAGUUGCCACGAUAUAAAGCCUAAAGCUAAAUUUCAUAUGAACAUGCAAAGCUGUCAUAGUUCGAGCAAGACUAUUGAUCCAUCAGGUCCAGUACUGUUUAUACGAGCAAGAGCUUUCCAGAGUGUUAGAGAUUUCUAUCCCCUUUGCCCUACAACUAAAGAUCACUCAAACCGAAGAUGCCAGAGGCUGAACCUGAGAUGUUAGUGUAUGCAUACGUUCCAGCUUAGAGCUGCAGUAUCUUCCUGUGAGUGAAUUGGGAAUUUCCUGCUCAGGAGAAACAACUGAGUAAUCCUGAGGAAAGAAAGAAAGAAGUUUGUAAAGACUAGCAACAUUUCACAGGAGUGUACUUUACACAUCUCUAAUAUAUUCAACCCCUUGCUGUUAUUAAGGUGCCACUCUUAAAUCUCUUUUCUUUAGGGGCUGAUUUUGCAUCUCAGAUUACCAGAUAGUUUGCUUGAAGGCACUCUCUGGGAUUUGAAUUUUCAGAAAAUAUAUGCAUACCGAAAUACAGUCAACUUCUUCAGAUUUUACAAUACUGCUCCUCAGCCAAUUAAUGUGUGCAAAGAAGAAUAUACUUGGCUAAAGUGUGCACAGAAACACUUAUAUUACUAAAAAUGACAUACAAAAUGCAUUCUAUCAGUGGGACUGUUUUGCAAAAAAAAAAAUGUACAUUAGAAAAAAAUUAAUGCAAUUUUUGGGUUUGGGGGCAUUAACUACAAACCCUGUAUUGAUGUAUCAAUUACUCCAUUUGUGGGAUGCUAUAAAACAUGAGGGUUUUGCUGCAAAAUGCUGCAAAAUGAUUGCGAAACCUUGGCACCAGUUUUGAGGUGAUCCCAGAUUUUGGGGUUCAUAGUUUAUUAAGCUGUGAAUUUCCAUCUGCAUCCUCCUCCGGACCCUUAGAAUUAAAUGUGCUUAGGGUCAUACUAUUGCUAUUGCUAUUGCAUAGCAAGUGGGCAUUAAUUCAUUUAGCCCUCCUGCUAAGUGGGAGAAAAGUGCCAUCACCUGGCAGAUCGACUUAGCAACUGAGCAAAGAGGGAUAUAAGCUGGUUGCUCUUCCUUCCCCUUUGUGACAUGCAGCAACUUUCAGAAAGUUGGGUGGCAUCAAGGUCACUUGUCAUGGUGAGGGCACUCCCUAAUGCAUAACAGAAAAAUAUAGUUCAGGUAACUGGAGAGCCUUCUAAUGGAGCUGCUUAUAGGAGGAGUGAUUAAAAGCAUCUGACAUCCAAGCCUGCUUCCUUUUCUAUUCAUAAGGUAAAUUAAGUCCAUUAAAAGUGAGACAAGGCAGCAAGGGUGCAAUAGUUCUCUCAGAUCCAUUUGUUUGUUCUUAAGGAAAUCAACAGGGGGGUCACUAUAUACUGCAGGCACACUGUUACCGAGAACCACCGUGAUAUCAAAACUACACAGCAUUUGUGUAGCUCCUUGUGAGCAGGUCAUUUCCCACCUGGCCCGGGAAGGUGGGGCCCUGACUGACUCCAGCUACAAAAGAUGAGGCUGCUGAACAAACUCUUCUUUAGGGGUGUUUGUAGGGAGGGGGGGUUGUUGCUGUUAUUGAUAUUAAUUUUUGCAUCUUUAUUUUAGGUCUUACGUGAAAAUUGCUCAGUUUGGUUGUGUACUUUUUGGUGUUUUAUUUAUUGUCUGUGACUACUUUUGUUAAUGUUUGUAACAAAGGGGGGUUUCAUGUUGUAAGCCACCUUAAGCAAGGUUUUAGACAUGGAAAGUUGGCAUACAAAUAAAAUGAAGUAUGUAUGCUUUCAAAAGACAUUAUGCUUAUGUAUUAACAUGCAAGUGUGUUAGUAAGCGAUGGAGGACAUCUGCCAAUUGUGGUUCUUGUGAAGUUUCUCAUUUUGCCAAUCUUAAAUUCAGUUCUCUAUCUUUCCGCAUUACUGUCUAAUUCUCAUGAAAAUUCAUCAGCAUUCUACAGUGUGCUUCUCCUAAUAGAGAUCUUUUUCUUUGCAGUUUUCCCUAACAUACAUUUUUGUAUGCUAUUUUUGCACAGUAAUGGAUUCAUUUCUGUCCACAUUAUUUGGAGGAGUGUGAAUCUUCAAAGAUAGCUCUGCUUCAGUCUGCAUAAUGUUCCAGGCAGUGCCAGUUAGGUAGAUUCACAAUAAAAUGCAAACUGAACUGAAUUCCUUCCCAUCCCUGGCCUUGAUGAGCCCAUGUUGGAGUGCCUGUUCCUCACAUGCACAAAGUGGAAAUGCACAAUGUGUGAUGAUAGUGAAGCAUCCAUGGAAAGGUGUCAACAACAAAAAAGGAGCCUCAUAAGGUGCACUUAAAAGAGUUUUAUUAAGGUACAACUCAUUUCAAGUUAGAUAACUUGCUUUGGAGCAGAUGAACUACUUUCAUUGUUGUUGUUGUUUAGUUGUUUAGUCAUGUCCGACUCUUCGUGACCCCAUGGACCAGAGCACGCCAGACACUCCUGUCUUCCACUGUCUCCCACAGCUUGGUCAAACUCAUGUUCGUAGCUUAGAGAACACUGUCCAGCCAUAUUGUCCUGUAUUGUCCCCUUCUCCUUGUGCCCUCAACCUUUCCCAACAUCAGGGUCUUUUCCAGGGAGUCUUCUCUUCUCAUGAGGUGGCCAAAGUAUUGGAGUCUCAGCUUCAGGAUCUGUCCUUCCAGUGAGCACUCAGUGAGACCAUUUCCUUAAGAAUGGAUAGGUUUGAUCUUCUUGCAGUCCACGGGACUCUCAAGAGUCUCCUCCAGCACCAUAAUUCAAAAGCAUCAAUUCUUCGGCGAUCAGUCUUCUUUAUGGUCCAGCUCUCACUUCCAUACAUCACUACUGGGAAAAUCAUAGCUUUAACUAUACGGGUCUUUGUCGGCAAGGUGAUAUCUCUGCUUUGUAAGAUGCUGUCUAGGUUUGUCAUUGCUUUUCUCCCAAGAAGCAGGCGUCUUUUAAUUUCGUGACUGCUGUCACCAUCUGCAGUGAUCAUGGAGACCAAGAAAGUAAAAUCUCUCACUGCCUCCAUUUCUUCCCCUUCUAUUUGCCAGGAGGUGAUGGACCCAGUGGCCAUGAUCUUAGUUUUUUUGAUGUUGAGCUUCAGACCAUAUUUUGUGUUCUUCUCUUUCACCCUCAUUAAAAGGUUCUUUAAUUCCUCCUCACUUUCUGCCAUCAAGGUUGUGUCAUCUGCAUAUCUGAGGUUGUUGAUAUUUCUUCCGGCAAUCUUAAUUCCGGAUUGGGAUUAAUCCAGCCCAGGCUUUCGCAUGAUGAAUUCUGCAUAUAAGUUAAAUAAGCAGGGAGACAAUAUGCAGCCUUGUCGUACUCCUUUCCCAAUUUUGAACCGAUCAGUUGUUUCAUAUCCAGUUCUAACUGUAGCUUCUUGUCCCACAUAGAGAUUGUCUAAAAUAACAAUACAAAAAAUAAAAUCAACAGCAGCAACAACCUCUCCAACUAAACCCUCUAAAAAACACUCCAAAGAGUCUGUUCAGCAGCCUCAGCUUUUGUAGUUGGAGUCAGUCAGGGCCCCACCUUUGCAGGCCAGGUGGGAAAGGCCUACAGGGUAGGGAGCAGAUCUUCCAGGACUCACAGCCAAGAUAAUAAUAAUAAUAAUAAUAAUAAUAAUAAUAAUAAUAAUAAAUUUUAUUUGUAUCCCGCUCUCCCCAGCCAAAGCCAGGCUCAGAGCGGCUAACAUCAUAUAAAUAAGACAAUAUGCAUAAUACAAUAUACAAUAUGCAAAUAAAAUAACAUUCAACAUUCAGUAAAAUAAUAUAAAAUAAUAUUAAAUAUCAGCAUUUCAAAAUUAAACAGAAAUCCACUCAACAAUUACAAUAAGUAAUUUCUAAACUCCGAUCAAUAAAACAACAGUAAACCACAGUGCAGUAAACCAUGGUGUUUAACUAAGGGAAGUGGGAUGUGUGGCCCUCCAAAUCUUGCUGAAAUAUUUCUCUCAUCAUAUCUGAUCACUGGCCAUACUGGAUGGGGCUGAUGGAAGUUACAAGAUAAAGAACAUCUGGAAGACCAAAGGCUCCCCAUCCCUGUGUACCUUUUCAGGCUACUUGACCUCUUCUCAUUGUACCUGAUGGGAUAGCAUGCACAUGCACAGCAUCAGCUGCAAUGCGAAACAAUACACCUUCAUGACAUCAUAUGCACACCAUCUUAUCCCACCAAACAGAAGAUGGGAGAAAUAAGCAACACAUGCAGACGCCCCAGUCCUGUGCAUCCAAGGAGAUAGCCCAUUGUCAGUGCUAGCUGAUGUACAUUAGGUAGAAGGCAAGGAGGCCAACAGCAGGUGGCGCCAGAGCUGAUGACAGACAGAAUAAACCAACCAAUCCUAGGCUGUGUUCACACUAGAACGUAUUCCAUUUUCAGGACAUUUCCCUAACUGUUAUUUUGUGCAUUAUAUUGGAGCUUCCGCAUGAUAUGAAAACCACUAAUGGUGUGGAAUGGAAUAUAGCACAGAUUUGCCGCUCAUUUCUGUAUUUUACGAUUCCAUAAAUAAUCCAUUUGCAGCUGCACAGAAAACUGUGGGAGUUUUGUGCUUCAGUUCUGCAUGCUGUUCUCUCCAGCUCACUGUUGCUGUCAAACUUGAAAUGUCCAUAGAAAAGGCAUCCAGCCUCACAGCCAACAAGCAUCCUGACUCAGCCAGCCUUUGUUUCAUCACACACACACACACACACACACACACCCUGUAAGGUGCAGAGCCUCAACUUUUCCCCACCCAUCCUGCUGGUGAUGCUCCUAUAGGAAAGCUGGUUGCAGAACCUGAGAUUCCCCCCCCCCCCGAGUCUUGUGGAGCCUUGGCACACCCAUCCACCAGCAGGAUUGCCCUCUCCCCUCAACAACUGCUGAGCAGAGGGGAUAAUUAUAAUGAUAUUGCUUCUGUCCUGAUUUCUACUGCUCAUUUCACGUUGCAGUACCUACUGGUAUGAACGAAAUAGAGCAUGACAUGGUGGUAUACCGGUACUGCAAUGUGAAAGGUACAGAGGCACUAGCCUUAUAAUCACUCCAACUGGAUUCAUUGUGGUAGGCAGAGGUUGGUAGGGCAGUGCCCCAUUCAUCUUAAUGUGUCAGCCGCCACUUCUCAUUGUCCUAUCCCAAGCAUCCGAUGUACUGAAGGGAAUCCCAUUACAGACAUGCCUAAAUUUACUUAUUUACAAGUUUCAGGAAUCCCAGCACAUUUCAAGGUGAUGCUGGUCCACCAGAGGAAGCAACACAGCAUGGAUGUUGAAAAUGUCUUGUGAAUUAUUCAUAGGCUACAAAUCAAAAAAGUAGAGUAAGCUGUAAAUAAAAAACAAACCAAGACAAUAACAAUGUUAGGUUAAAGCUGGUUUACAGAUUCGUGCUUACCUUGAAUUGUCGCAGCCUAUGAAAAAUGGCAAAACGUAUUUGUGAUUGUCUACAUUGCAAUGCUGUCAGUCACGGAGACUCACCAGCACAUUUGUGACCAAACCAAAAUCCAGUUUGCCGCCAACUCCUCUUGCAGGAGAUGGGGUGAAGAAAGCCCCCUGAAGUCUGGACCUAUCACUCCACACAGGGUGCCUAAUAUGGAAGAAAGCAGGGUCAUUUCCUCUCCUCCAUUUACCCUCUGGAAGUUGAACAGAAUCCAUUCUGGAAGUCUGUUCGACUUCCAAAACAUUCGGAAACCAAGGUGCGGCUUCUGAUUGGCUGCAGAAAGCUCCUGCAGCCAAUCAGAAGCUGCAGAAGCCAUGUCGGACGUUCAGGUUCCAAAGAACAUUCGCAAACUGGAACACUCACUUCCAGGUUUGUGACAUUCGGGAAUCAAAACGUUCGAGUUGCAAGGCAUUUGACUUCCCGUGUACGACUGUACAUCCUCUUUCCAAUCAACAUUUUGCUUCUGUGGUAUUAAAUCAUUUUUUCAUCAAAAGCAGUGCAGGCAAAAAGGAGACUUCAAACUCAGCUACAUUGGCAAAGAAAAAGGGCUUUAUAUGAGUUGUUUGUGCAUUCUAACACUGUGGUGCCAGAUGGCGCUGCGGAGUUCUGUUUUUGCUAACCCGAUUUCUCACACAAAGCUUGUAAUGUGAUUAACUGAAACUGUGUCUAGAUCCAGCCAAAGCCUCUGGAAGUACUUGUCAAGGCAAACCAGUGAAAACAACAAGGGUUAAUCGAUAGCUGGCCUUGCUGAGAUUCAGAGGGCUUCCAGUGAUUAUGUGGCAUGGAGGAGGCAGGUGGAAUGGAAGGCAGGCAUUGGUGUUCAGAUAAGACAGCAAGGGUGCCUUCAGACUGUCGGCAUUCAAGUGUCUACUAGGAAAUUUAGAUCUGUGCAAUUAAAGUGGAUUAAAACACCCUAUUGACUUAGCACAACAAACCCACUUUCAAUCCACUGUUAGGAAAGUGACAAGGAAGUACUGUACACUGAAAAUGAGGAAUUUACCAAUGAUUAACAAGAAAACAUACAGGUAUGCACACACUGCAAGCAAAUCAGGGUCAUGGUCACAAAGCCACGCUAUAAGCAAAUCAAAAGGAAUGUGCAAUAAACACUGGCAAAAAUCUAGCCUCCCCAUAAGUUGUGUGCACACAAAUCAGGAUGAACGCUCAACAUAUAGCUCAUCUGGUGGAGAUGUUUCAAAGUGUUGGCCCCUAUGAAAGUGAGGAGGGGAGAUGGUCCAGAAAACCCACUCCUUAAGUACAGUGGUACCUCUGGUUAAGUACUUAAUUCGUUCCGGAGGUCCGUACUUAACCUGAAACUGUUCUUAACCUGAAGCACCACUUUAGCUAAUGGGGCCUCCCGCAGCUGCCGCUCCGCCGCUAUGUGAUUUCUGUUCUCAUCCUGAAGCAAAGUUCUUAACCCGGGGUACUAUUUCUAGGUUAGCGGAGUCUGUAACCUGAAGCGUAUGUAACCUGAAGCGCAUGUAACCUGAGGUACCACUGUAAUUCUCUUUGUAAUGCAGAUUUGAGAAGACGUGUCUGUGAAGAAGAUAUGUAUUAGCAUUGGGUCUUAGAAAUCAAGCCUCUGAAUUUUCUUUCUUUUUCUUUCUAAAGCUGCACUGCACCUGA